AUGCAGCUGUCAAAACUUAAAGAAUACCUAAGAAUGAGCACAAACGAGGACAUGUUUCUUGUCAUCAUUGGAGAUCAAGAUUAUCAAGUUCCGGAGGAUCUUAAGGAUGUUGUAGAGCAAAGCGACUCCAAUAUGCAAGACGCAGACUUGGAAGAAGAAGAGAUCGAUGAAGAGACAUGUAAUUAUGAGAUACAAAAUGAAGAAGAGGUUAGGGACGAACCUUUUGAUUUUAAUACAGUAGAAGUGGUUAAUGAGGGUAUACCGGAGGAAGAGAAUGAAGUAGACAGUAGUGAUGGUAUCACCAGUAGCAAACAAGUACCCAUGGCUACCGAUGAAAUAGUCCUUGACCAACCUUAUGAAAUAGAACUUAAAGAAAUUAAAGACAAUGAAGAAACAAACGAUGAACAAAUUAUCAUUGAAGGAUUGGAUGAAAAUGGAGUUUUACAAUUAGAAAAUGGACAACUCCAGUUACCAGAUGGACAACACAUACUAAUUCAGCAGGAAAACGGGGAGUAUAUACUUCAAGAUUCAUCAAAUUUAAACAUUAUAGAAAUAAAUGGUGAGCAAGUCUUAGUACAGCAAGUCGAUGAAGCUGAUGAAAACCAACAGGAUCAAUCGGAAGCCAAAGAUAACGAUUCUGACACAGAGUAUCGUCCCAGCAAAGAAGAUUUAGAGAUAAGUGAUGAUGAAUUUGUAACACCAAAACGGAGAAAGGAAAAGCCUCGUUCAAAUCCUGUUACUUCAUAUGUCCAAGAAUUAAAAGACACAUACCCUGAAUUGAACGAUGAAGACAAAUUAAUAUCUACGUUGGCUAAGAUUAUGAGAUCGAUAGAACCUCCGCCAUUGCCUGAUAACUUUUGUGCAAUGAACGGCAUGAUGUUUGAAUGCUCUUCAUGUGGAAAGUUCUUCAACAGUAUGCCAGAGGCUGCUCGUCACUAUCAGUACUAUCACGGUGAACGAUAUCUGAUAUGUUUUGCAUGCGGGGCAGAUUUUAGAAAUCCGACAAACCUCUACAAACACGAGAAGGGCUGCACAGUGUAUCCGGAUAUUAUCACUGUUCUAAAGGCUCGUUCUAAACAUCUAAGCAGCAAGGGACGAAGCAGGCCGUACUUCUCCAAAUCACAUGAAAUCCGAAUAGAAAAUAAUAGAUUCCUCUGCAGCCAUUGCCCCGCGUCCUUCACGAGCCGCGUGGGCUUGGACGCCCAUGAGCACGUGCACGCUGGCCAACGCCCCUACCUCUGCAGCUACUGCGUGUGCGCAUACACCUCGCCAUCAGCGCUAUCGCGCCACAUGCGGAAACACCGCGGGGACAUGUUCGUCUGCGAGCACUGCGGGAAACGGUUCCACCAGCGCGCCGCCCUGGACACCCACAUGGAGACGCACCAACCUUUGAGAAAGUUCGCGUGUUCAGAGUGUCCGAAGCGAUUCGCGCAAAAGAACGCCCUCCAACUCCACGUAGACCGCGUCCACCGCGACCUGCCGCCGCCCUGCGCUUGCCAGCUGUGCCCGCGCAGGUACCCGCGGAUGUCGUUACUCAAGCAGCACAUGAAGAAGGCCCACGGAAUGUUGCUCAUGACUCAAAAGAUGUUCUACAAAUCGUUGCCAACAUUAACCCAGUCGCAAGUUGACCAAGCGAAGGUAGUUCUGAAGUCGGAAGUGGAAAAUUACCCCAAAUACGAAAUCCACGACUUAACUGAAACAUGA